UUAUGGUUGUUUGCUUUUGUACCUGAAAUACGUGCUGCUACUUCCGCAAACUGGGAUUUAUUUAUUUUUUUUAUUUUAGUUCUUGGAAGUGUAAAAUUUUAGAUACGUAGUCGCUCUCGUGUACAACCAUGGAGGACCAAAAUCAAGACUCUCCAGGUUUUUCAACUCCUGGUACUGUAAAAUCAAAGUUGGAUGCGCUGUCAAAAGAAGAUCUUGUAAAGUUUACAAAAAAACAGAUGGCAGUGUUGCAGAAAGUCAAAUCAAAAUGUGCAGAGCUGGAGAAAGAGGUUCAGGAGCUUAAAGACAAAACACAAACUGGAGCGGAAGAAGCAAUAAUUCAGGAGUUGACAGAGAGGAUGGAUGCUGUUCUUCUGGAAAAGGCUGAAAGUCAGCAAAGAUUAGUAGUGCUACGAAAAGAAAGUGAAAAAGCGAAAAAAGAAGCACAGGAAGCCCAGGAGAAACUAUCUGAGAUGCAGCAACAACUUGACCUAUCCAGAGAAGACCAGCAAAAGCAGAUUGAAGUUUUGAAAAAUGAUUUAGAAUCACUUAAAUUGAAACAUACUGAGGAGGUGGCUGAUUUUCAAAGACUUUUACAUGAAUCUCGUGAAAAACAAGAAAAACUUACUAAUGAGUUAGAACUCCGCAAUAGCCAUGAAAGUGAAAUAUCUGUACUGGAAAAACAGGUCAAGAUGGAUCAGGAAGAUUACUUGGAACAAAUUAACAACUUAAAGCAGCAACUAAGUCUCUUUGAGAAGGAAAGGGAGGAGGAGGCAGCACUCAAAGAAAGUCAAAGAACAGUGAUGGAAGAAUUGAAAAAAGAGGUCGAAGUUCUUCAUGGAGAGCUGUUGAAUAUGAGGGUUGCUCAUGAUAAUGAAGUAAAAGAGUUAAGUGAUCAACUAGAUACUGCAGCUACUGAGUAUGAAGAAGAGAGAGAGAGGCUCUUACGUCUUAUAGAGGACCAACAACAACAGUUAAUUGAGAAAGAAAAAAAUCUUCAUGAUGUGAAGGAAGAAGAAGAAGAGGAGGAAGAAGCUAAAAGAGACUUAGAAAAGUGCCAGUCAGAAGGGUUUGUCUGCGAGAAGCAAGAUGAUGAAAUGUCAAAGCUAAAGACGUCAUUAAAUAGUUUACAGUCACAAGUAAGCAUCCUUCAGGAUGAAUUAACAUACUUGAGCAAUCUGAAGUUAAGCCUGGAGAUGGAACUGCAGCAUACAAAGGAUGAGUUCCUUCACGAGAGGGAGGAACUGGAGUUUAAGGUUAAUGAAUUGCAACUCUACAAGGAAGAUGCAGAAGGUAAUGUAGCCAAAUGUAAAGCAGAGCUUCAAGCCACUCAUGAUUCCUGGGAAGUGGCACUAAGUCAGCAUCAGGUUGAACUACAGGCUCUUCAGGAGCAGUAUCAGAAGGAGAUUGCAUCUCUGGAGCAAACUUUGCUUUCUUCUAAUGAAAAGGAAAAGGCUCAACUUUUAGCUGAAAUAAAGGAGCUCAAGACUCAGUGUGAAGCUCUGUCAUAUGAAAAAAGGGAAGCUGUCAGCAGUUAUGAAAAAUCCCAAGAAAUCCUACAAAACCUUCAGCUUGAAUUGGGUGUUACCACUGAAAAUGUGGCAAAGCAGUUCAAUGCUUUGAAGGAACGUGGAGCAUCUGAAAUCCAUGUACUUCAACAGAAGCUAAGGGUUGCCUAUAAUGAAAAGGAUAGCCUUCUUGAGACAAUUAAGAAUUUGGAGUGUCAGGUAGAAGCAGCUUGUCAGAAUGCAACGGAAGAGUUUAAGCUUUCUUUAAGCAAGUGUAAAGAGGCAAAUACAGAGUUAACUUCUCAGCUUCAGCAUAAAGACAUAAUCAUCCAGGAGAUUAAGGCAGAGGUGGAAGCAUUACAUUUGGAAAAGGAGAAUUUUACUGUCACAUUAAAGGAUUCAGAGAUAGAAGUUGAAAGGCUUAAGGAGCUUUUGCAUGAAGAGCAGAUACAAAGUGGUGAAGUUCAGCAGAAGAUAGAUGAUCUUAAAGAGGACUUGGAAAAAUUAAAGCUAGGCAUGGAAGAUAAAGAGAACCAACUAAAACAUGUUACUGCAGAAAAUGAUAGUCUUUGUAGGCAGCUGGAAUGUAUGGAGAGCAAAUUGCAGGACAGUUCCACAGAGAAAGAAAAAAAUCUUUUGGUGUUUAAAGAAGAAAUAAUACAUUUGCAAGAAGAGCUAAGAGUCAGUCAAGAAGAAAAUUUAAACCUUAUACAGUGUAAAGAGAAAAGUGAAGAUCAGGAGAGGUCUUUGCAGUUGGUCUUGCAAGAGAAAGACGCACUGAAGAAAAAUGUAGAGGAAAAGCUGCACCAGCUAUCGGAAGUUAGAGUUCAAGCCUUGAAGUUCUGGCAGCAAGAUCCUUGCUUACAAAAGAUUGAAUGUAAUGAAGACAUAAAAGAGGAUGCAUCCCUUUUGAUUCAAAGUCUCUUAUCAAAAAUUUCUGAUGAAAGGCACAGAGUUAUUUUACAAACAGAUGAGCAAAUAGCACAGCUACAAAAUGCUAUCGAAAGACAAAAAGAAGAAAAUCAACUACAGUUUUCGGAGCAUCAGAGUUUUAUCGAGGACUUGAGUAAAGAAAGAACUCUUUUAAAGGAAAACCUUGAAGAAGUUAUUGCAGAUAAAGAGGGCCUACAGAGGGACUUGUUAGAGAUGCAGAAUAGAAAUGAAAAAACUAGGGCUGAAAAUGAAGCUCUGCUUGUGCAAAUUGGGGAACUCUCUGAAAAGAUGAAGGUGGCUGAAUGCACCAUUGAAAAAGAACAGAAAGUGACCAGUGUUUGCGUGGAAAAAGACUUGCAGAAUACUCUGGCAGAAAAGGAGAAGGAAAUUUUAAGUCUGCAGCAAGAAAUUUCAGCUUUAAAGGAAGCUGAACAGAACUAUUUAGCAACACAAGACUCCAAUGACAAAGAGUUAAAAAAAAAGUUAGAAAAAGAACUGCUUGAUAAAGAUGAAAAGAUGAAUAAGAUAAAAGCUGUGGCUGUAAAGGCAAAAAAGGAACUAGAUGCCAGUCGGAAAGAAGUUCAAGCCUUGAAAGAAGACCUGGAGUCUGUAAAAUCUAACCGUGAUCGACUCUCCUGCUCCAUGAAGGAUGUAAUCCAAAGUGCAGAAAGUUACAAGAAUCUUGUAGCUGAAUAUGACAAGCUGACUGAACAACUGGAGCUAGAAAAGCAGAGAGCAAAUAAUUGUGAGCGUCAGGUUGGAGAAGUUAAAAGUCUCCUGCAAGCUGCUGUCCUACAGGAAGACCAGUUGAGAUCAGAAAAUGAGGAUUUGGCUGCCCGAUCUGAAACACUGCAACACAAUGUCAAGCAAUUAGAAGUGCAAAUCAUGGAUAUUCAGAAGGCAAAAUUGUUUUUGGAAAAAGAACUGGAAGGAGAAAGACUUCUAAAGGAGCAAACAAUUAAGGAUCACAGUACAGCAUUAAAAGAAGUUGAAGACCUGCAAAGUCAACUUCAGAAGCAGAAGCAACAGUUUUCUCAAACAACCCAGGAGCUGGAACAACUGAGGAAGGGUGCACAGCAAAGCACGUUAAUGGACAUUGAAAUUGCAAAUUAUGACCGUCUUGUUAAAGAACUGAAUCAGAAGAUUUCAGUGAAAGAAAAACAGAUUGAGGAGGACAAGGAGGAAAUAAAUAUGUAUAAGCAAAAACAAGAGAAUCUGCAUGAGGAAAUAACAUCUUUGAAGUCUCUUCUAGAGCAAGCUGAAGAUAAAAACACUAAGAUUAAGCAGCUUUUAGUCAAGACGAAGAAGGACCUCUCAGAUUCAAAAAAAUGUGAAGCUGAUCAGUUGAUUGUCCAUGCAGGUUUGAAAGGGGAGCUGGAAGCAUGUCAGCAGCAGCUAGAAGACUUUAAGCUUCAGUGUGCCGAUCUUACCGCAGAUAAACACAAAUUACAAGAACAGUUGAGGACAAUGGCAGAGCAACACCAUCGUGCAACCAAUGCGUUUCAACAGAAAAUCACAGCUCUGCAGGAAGAGUGCAAUACUGCUAAGGAAGAACAGGCUUCAACAGCAGCAGAGUUUGAAAGUUACAAAGUCCGUGUUCACAAUGUGUUGAAACAGCAAAAGAAUAAGUCCUCAUCACAAACUGAAAAUGAUGUAUCCAAACAGGAAAGAGAAUAUUUAGAAAAUGUGAUGGAACAGCUCAAAUCCAAGUUGCAGGAAACCCAGAAGAGCCUGAAAGUGAACACAGAUGAUCUCCAGACAUUGCAGAUGGAACACGACACUUUGUUGGAGCGUCACAACAAGAUGCUGCAGGAGACUGUAGCCAAAGAGGCUGAACUGCGGGAGAGGGUUUGCACAGUUCAGUCGGAGAAUGCAGUGCUGAAAACGGAACAUAGCCAAAUGCUGAGUCAACUAACAGCCCAGAAUGAAUCUCAGAGGAAUACCUUCCGGGAUCAGAUGCGCCAUCUUCAGGAAGAGCACAGGAAAACUGUUGAGACACUGCAGCAACAGGUCAAUAAACUGGAAGCUCAGCUGUUCCAGUUACAGAAGGAGGCUACAGCAGCAAGUCCUCCACCUGGUCAACAGCUUAAGAAGAGUCUUCAGGAGAGGAAGUAUACAGAUCAAACAGUCUAUGAUCUGCAGUCUAUGGAUAGAGAGGAGGGAGAAGGAAUGGAAACUACAGAUACCGAGUCUGGAUCCUUGAUGAUCACCUCCAUACCAUCCCUAGAGCAACUUCUGAACUCGCCUGAGCCUAAGACAGAACCAUCAUUAUGGCAGGCAGAGCCCAGUAAAGAGCAGCUGACACAGAAGCUAAACAGUGCAACUAAGAAUAUUGAUCACCUGAAUGGACUGCUUCGAGAGUCAGAAGCCACAAAUGCUAUAUUGAUGGAACAGAUCACGCUUUUAAAGAAUGAAGUCAGGAGACUUGAAAGAAAUCAAGAACGGGAGAAGUCAGUGGCCAACUUGGAGUACCUGAAGAAUGUCCUGCUACAGUUUAUAUUCCUUAAAUCUAGUAGUGAAAGACAGGCACUCCUCCCCGUCAUCCAUACUAUGCUGCAACUGAGCCCAGAGGAGAAGAGUAAACUGUCAGCGAUAGCACAAGGUGAAGAUGAGGCAACAUCGACAAGCAGAUCGUCUGGGUGGACAUCGUAUCUUCACAGUUGGUCAGGAAUAAGAUGAGAGUGUUUUUCUGUUUUAUUUUUCUUUUUUAUAUUUACAUGUAGUUCCGAAGACACUGUACAUUCCACAAUUUUCACUGUGAAUUUCUGCUGUGUGACUCCCACCCCCUUUUAUCAAAAUGAAUUCUGAAGCAGUUAUUGUUUUCUUCAUGUUGUUAAACCUUUUAAAAAGGAAGUUAAUUUUAACUUUAAAAAGGUACGUUUUCACUUUAAAUUAUCUUAAAUAUCGGAAAUAUUUGGCACAAAGUAUUUAUUGAUGAUUAUUUUUUAGUCUUUUCUAUUUAGACACCUUUAUUUUAUUAUACAUUACUGGUAAAUCUGCAAUUUCUUUUGUUCCAUUUUAUUUAACUUUAUAAUAAGUUCUAUGUGCUUAAAAGCAUCGUCUCACUGAAGGACUUUUUUUCAUUCAAACUUCAGAAAUUAUUGCUUAUUUUUUUUAGCUAGAAAGCGUGCACCAAUGUAGCCUGAUUUUGACUUUGUUCAGCUAAAGUUUUCUUUUUGCUUCUCCGGUCCGUACAAAAUGGGAGAAAACAACAGCAAUGAACUGAGAAAGAUGUUAAAUGGUUGAAAUGUAAAGAAACUGCUUCCAUUAUAGCUUUCUCUUUCAGCAUUCUCAGUUUUUACCGCCUGUUUGUUUUUUAGAUUUCUGAGGUUAUUAUCUAUUUUAAAAUUAAAACGAUUAUCAGUAAUUAAAAGCUAAAAAUGAUUUAAUAUAUACUAUUGUGACAUAAAUGAAUGCAGCCUUUAAUCCAUUUUCCAUGACAGGAAAAUGUGGCAGUCGUGAAGCCAUUGUAGGCGUCACCGUCUUUAGGUUUUUGUCAUUCGUUAACACUAUGAAGCUUCUGUCUCUUUUUUUCGUAUUUAAAAUUCUUUCUUUGAACAAGGCAGCAUUGUGUUAAAAAAAGGUUUUUGGAAGUUUCCUUUUAUUGCAUAUCAGCCUUUCAGUUUCAGAAUUUUCAUCUUGGCAUUGAUUUAAAUAAAUGAAAAUUCUGAUAACUGAAACUGUUUACAUUGUAGAAUACAAUUACUUGAUUAACUUAACUAAUGAAUCAUCUCUGUAUUUUUGUAAUGAAUUAUUUGAGUAAUUAAAUAAUAUAAAUCUUGUUAGACUAUUUUAACCAGAAAAUUCUGUAAGCUCUGAGUUGCAAGGAGGAGUUGCAACCCUGUAGAAGGAUUCCAGUUUUUACAGGUUGUGUGACAGUAACAAUUGCAGGCCUGAAGGUUUGGUGUUUUAUUACAGUUAACUAACAUCACUCUCUAUAAAGUGUAUGCUUAAAGUAUGGCGUGUUCUGUGGUUAAUAACUGACAGGACUGGUCAUGCUUCAUUAAAAACCAGUGAGGUAGUCCUACUGAUUUUCAGCUAGCAUGGUCUUAAGGUCCUUUCUCUUCCUGCCAUUGCACUUCUCUGGCAGCACGUUUUUUCAGACAAAGGUGACGUGGCCCAAGGUUAACUCUGACGGGCAGGGAUUGCCCAUUAGCCUGUCGUAGGCUCCAGUAAAGCCAGGAGGGCCGGGCGUGAUGGCAUACUGUACACUGAAGCAGUGCCUUGCGUGUUUUUCAUAAGAGCUCCUCAAGCCUGCAGUAUAACAAGGAAAUACAAAUCAUGCCAUCAUGUUUCAGCAGUGGUCUCAAACACCCUCCCCUCACCCCUGCCAGAUGAAUAACGUUACAGAGGCCACGGAGUUAAAUGGGAAUUCAGUAACAAAAAGGGCUUUGAUUUAAAAAAAAUAAAUAAGUAAACAAAUAAAUAAAUAAAUGAAGGAAUGUAACUUUCUUUUAGUGGGAUUUCUUACUUGAGAAAUGAAGUUUUGUAUAGUAAUAGUAACAAAUGUGAAACUUAUAGUCAUUAAGCUUAAAGGGUCAAGCUGAUUUUUUUUUUCUUUUCUGUCAACUUAAAAUACUUUUACUAUUUCUUUUAAAACAUUUGUAUUCGUUUAGCAUUUUUGCACUGUGAAAUUUAAAAAGAAAAGCCAAAACAUGUUUAUUAAAAUCUUUGAUUGUUCUUGAGACUUGCUGCUUUUACACAAGAUAAGACAUGGUGAAUGUGCAAUUUUUUUACAGCUCACACUUGCCCAUGCUGUGCUAUGAAUAAACAAAAUAACAAAGUA